AUGAUCAUCGAGUCGCAAGCUCGCAACAUCAGUAUGGAUGACGUUGCCUUUCUCACUGCUAUCCCUUCGCCGAAAUCCCACCAUGUACUGGAUGAGCUACAACAUGAAUUAUGGGGCAGGUCGUGCUACAAGGGUAUCUCUGCUCACGCUCUCGAGCGAGAUGAAGAACGACGUAUCAACCAUAUUGUCGAGGUAGCUUUGGAUUUGAAAAUGCUAAAGUUUGGUGACGAAGCUGCGAAAGAUGAAAGGACAGUCGACUCGCGGCCGAUGUUUGAAAAUUGGAACAAGUCUCCCAUUGAGGUAUUUCUGGGUUCGGGGAUUCAGAAGGACCUACUUCGGACAUUUCUAAGACGCAAGUUCAACUUCUUUCCCGAUGCCUACCCACAGUACUUGAAUAGACCGUUUGAAAUUGGGACUCCUACUGAAUGCGAACCUCUCAGCAUUUCAUGGACUGGCGGGCAAGCACCAUUUGAAAUACUCUUGGCUCCUAAUAUAUCAGUUCCUGCAUCGGCCUUCAGCAAUGGAGAAGGCUCUUAUUCAAUACCGCAAUUGAUGUUGUCGUCGACAACGUCGUUUGUACUCACUAUGUCUGACGCCACUGGAUUUGGUUCGGGUGGGACGACAAACGAAUUAACUGUUGGGAAUUCAGCUGCAAAUAACGAUUGCGGCGCUGCAGAUCCAAAACCUCCUUACACGUUCGACUUGUCUCCGCUGACGCAAUGCGGUCAAUUCACCCUUACGGUCAAUGGUGGCGUAGUCCCGCCCAUUACUGUUGUGCAACUUAUUCCUGGUGGAGAAUCAGUCGUAUCCAACUCCGAUGGCGACACUUUUAGCUCGACUUUAGAUGUUAGCGCAGGGACGAACCUCCUGUAUCUUGUCUACGACUCCUUGGGCAACCAAGGUGGGGUCUCUCCGUACGAGGUGGUCUCAGGGUCGAGUGAUUCCUCGUGCCUAAGCGCCAACUCGCCGUCAUCCACUCCAAACACGCCGGUCACAAUCACAGCCACGGCCACGGCCGCGGCUUCACCACCAUCUAGUUCAAGCAGUCCAUCGAGCAAUCCAUCAAGCAACAAUGUUGCUAUUAUCGCAGGCGCAGCGGGCGGCGGUGGGGCUGUCCUUGUUGCGUUGGUCAUCCUCGGCAUAUGCUUGCGGCGUAAAUGGAAGGCAUCUCGCAUGUCGGACGUUCGGUCUUCUACAAAAAGCCAUCCACGUCAACUGCAGCAUACAGAUCCAAGUUACAAAGCCAGCCCUCACCCACCACAAUCCCCUUCCCCAUAUAAGACAAACACUCCCAGCAACCGUACCCAACCCAUUCAUCCUGGCCUAGGAACCCAGUCAGAAAUGACCAAUUGGUCUACCAGCAGCUUCGCAGUUAGCGCCCCUCCCUCAUCAUUCAACCAGAAACAACAUUCGCGCCAGAACUCCAACACAGACUCUUCUGCCCACGGGGAUACUGGAAGUUCGACUGCGUCAUUAGCUAACAGCCGCCAAUCACCCCCGUCCACCAGAAAUUUCACACUCAACGAUCCUCGCACACCGUUCAAUCAGACACUGCAUUCACGCCAGACCUCAGCUACAUCAUCUGUUGAUAGGCGAAUGGCUAGCGUCGCUGAACUGCCAUCACCGUGGGAGGCAGAUCCCGUUAACUACCUUGGUCCAUCCAUUCAACCCGGAUCCCAACAGAGUCCUAUUAAUGCGUCUGCCACCAACAUGGCGACUAGGGACCAUUACGCACCCUUCAAUCAGACACAACCUUCGCACAUGAGCCCUAACACGGAAUUUGCUGUCUAUGGGGACGCUCAGAUAUCAGACACGACACCCGUCGAGCAUAUGGCUGCGGGGGCUCGACCAGCAUCACCAUUACCACGGAAGACAGACCCUGUCUACUUUGCUCCACCCGUUCAAGUAGUAUCCCAAUCAACCUCUACCUCUGCAGGCAACGUCGCAGUCAAGAACCCUCCCGCACCCUCCAAUAAGGCACAAAGUUCCGGGCAGAGCCCCAGUACAGACAGGUUAGAUGUGCACGGAGCAUCUGAAAGUCUGUCUGUGCCGGCGCAAAUAGCCUACCAACCUCCUACCCGGAUCAUCGUUCAUACCGACGCUAAUGAUGUUACGCCAGACAAAAAUGGCGUUGUUGAACUUCCGCCGCAGUAUUCAGAGCAUUGGGAAAUGCGUGUUCACUAAUUUGAGUCUGGGUUAUGAUUAUGUCUCAACACACUUGGGUCUUCAGAUAUGGAUAUGCC